GGGGGGGGGGUGAGUGACACUGAGCUGCUCCUAUCGGGAUCUGAGGAAUACUCUCCCUCCCUCCCUGGCUGCCCCUCACUCUCGGGAAUUGCCGGCCGCCUGUUCCCGGGAUCAGGAGGCGGAUGUGCUGCUGGAGGCUGCCGGGGGAAUCGGGUCGGUUCAGGAGCCGCCACGGCCUGGAGCCUGAGGGGAAGGAGGAUGGAGCUGCGGCCGGCCCGGGAGAAGCCGUACCCGUGCUCGGUGUGUGAGUGCGCCUUCAGCCGCCUGUCCAACCUCAACGUGCACAUGCGGAGCCACACCGGCCAGCUGCCCUACCGGUGCGGGGACUGUGGCAAGGCCUUCAACUACCCCUCGGAACUGGAGACCCACCGGCGGAGCCACACCGGCGAGAGACUCUUCGGCUGCGCCGUGUGCGGAAAGCAGUUCACCCGCAGCUCCCACCUGCUGACCCACCGGCCGGUGCACACCGGCGAGCGGCCCUUCACCUGCGGCGUCUGCGGCCGCGGCUUCAGCCAGUCCUCCCACCUGCUGACCCACCGGCACAUCCACACCGGCGAGCGGCCCUUCCGCUGCGCCGUCUGCGGCCGCGGCUUCACCCAGCUGUCCAACCAGCUGCGGCACCAGCGGGGGCACGCCGGCCAGCGGCCCUUCCCCUGCCGCCGGUGCGGCCGGGCCUUCGCCCAGUCCUCUGCCCUGCUGCGGCACCAGCGCACCCACACCGGCGAGCGGCCCUUCCCCUGCCCGGUCUGCGGCAGGGGCUUCACCCGCCGCUCCCACCUGCUGGCCCACCGGCGGGCGCACCCUGGCGGCGCCCGGGCAGAGCCGCCGGGCCGGGAGGGCUGGCCCGGGAAGGGGCCGCCCCCCGAGGGCGAGGCUGGGGCGUGCUGGCAGAGGGAGCGGUGGGCCUGGGGGCACUGGGGGACCAGCCACGGCGUGACGGUGGCGACGCCAGGAAGCUCCGGCCGCCAGUGAGGCAGCGACAGCACU